GGGUUCCGCUUCUGUCAGCCAAGAACAGGAAUCUGAGGCUAUCAUGGGCACAGAUUCACCCAAUUAAAUACUGGAAAAAGACUGGGUGUUUUUUCUUCCUAAUCUUCAACUGCAUAGUCUGGGUGAGUCUGUGCCCAUGAUAGCCUCAGAUUCCUGUUCUUGGCUGACAGGAGUGGAACGUUGAUGUGGUUUUCUGCUGUUGUAACCCAUCCACCUCAAGGUUCGAUGUUUUGUGCAUGCUGAGUUGAUUAGACUUUCUGCUCACCACGGUUGUAAUGAGCACUUAUGUGAGUUACUGUAUGCUUCCUGGCAACUCAAAAAAAUCUGGCCAUUUUCCAAAAAAGGCGUUUCCACGAACAGAUUUGUUGCUCACUCAGGGAUUUUUAUUUAUUUAUUUGUUUUUUAUUGCACCAUUCUGUAUAAACUCUAGAGACUAUUGUGUGUGCAAUUCCCAGGAGAUCAGCAGUUUCUGAAAUAACCGGCAAUGACACCAAGACACACAGAUCAGUUUUUCUUCAUGUUUGAUGUCAACAUUACCCAAAGCUCUUGACCUGUAUCUGCAUGAUUUUUUGCAUUGCGCUGCUGCCACAUUAUUGGCUGAAUGUGCAGGUGUACUGGUGUUUGCACCCAGCAAAACAAAGCCAUUUCACGAUAACUGCACUCUUCAGGACUGUAGCAGGAAGAAUCUUUGUGUCAGAAAACAAAACCCUUUGAAAAGAGAAAAGGGAGUGUUUCAUCUCACCUGGUUACUCAUCAGAUUGGCCUAUUGUUAAACUAGCUCCAUUUGACAGAUAAUCAUAUUUAUUUGUAGGCCUAUUUUCAAAGAGUCAGACAUGGCAUUGCAUGCCCUUUAAUAUUAAUUCCUAUUUCACAUAACAUGACGGGACGGUAUUAUAUUCACUACCAGAGUUAAUCACUUAUGCUUAGCCCCACCUUAAACAGCUAAACAGCUCCAUAUUUUCAUCCAAAAAUCUUUCCUUUUAGUCUCUUACUGGGUUCUCUCUUAAUUUAUUUUUCCCCUUAGUACGACCUUUGUAACAGAUGGCGAUUGCAUUUGUGUUUUUUUUUUUUGCCUUUGUCUUUCUUUGGCAUUGUGCUCUGCAUGCUGCAAAGACAAGGGGUAUGUGGAUCUGACUGCAUGUAUAAAGAGAAGAAAUCAGGAGAGAGAGAGAGAGAGAGUGUGUCUGAGAGAGAGAGGGAGCAUGACGGAGGAGACUACGCCUCACACAUCCCCUCCCAUCCCUGUCUGCAGCGCCAGACAGCAUUGCACCGGCUACUGUGUAGGCUGAAUGGAGGCUCAGGCAGACUCCAGUGCUGCAGAGCCCAACCGACAGAAAGACUUUCAGAAACUUCUCAAGUCGUCAAGCUCUGCUAGUCUCACUUCUGAGGCGUCUCACAAUGCUGCAGGAGAGCAAGUCGGGACCCCCGGGCACCACUGCAGCCAGGUCCUGACCGCAGAGAGACGGCAGCCACUGAGCAGCGUGUCCUCUCUAGAGGUUCACUUUGAUCUGCUGGACUUGACAGAGUUGACUGACAUGUCUGAUCAAGAGCUGGGAGAAGUGUUUGCUGAUUCAGAUGAAGAGAAUCACAAUGAAUUGCCAGCAAAUCAUCAGCCGCCAUUGCCUCGUUUCCCUCAUGGCGGUUAUGUCCGCUCGCCCUCCUGGACCCGUGGGUGCAAAGGGGAGCAGCAACCCAGAGACAGGAAGCAUCACAGCGACUCAGAGAACACUGAGCCUUUGCUAAAGAUCGAGCGUUCCCAAUCGCAGCAGCCCUGAGCCACGGUCAGCUACGUGGGCUCAGCGAGGACGUGCCGUCCUUGCCUGGGGGAUGAAGAUUCCUUCCCAAGGAAGUGAUGAGGGAUCU